CGUGCCACUUCCGCUGUCGGUCUGGACCACUACGGACUGUCGGGUUGAGAGGAGAGCUCAGUCAAAACGCAACACUUCCCGCGUCUAAAAUGACUGAGGAAUCUUACUGCGGUGCGGCGUAAAGCUGCGGGUGCAGCCGGAGCCGUCACUGAGCGUCAUUGUGUUUAUGUCCGCCUGCCGGCGGUACGAGCAGGACCACCGUGCCGUGCCGUUCUGAGCUGAGCUGAGCUGAGCAGAGCAGAGCAGAGCUCCACCAGUGCGCCUGAAGGGUGGAGGUACGGGCUGAAGAAAAAGCAGUUUGGACUCCGAAAAGACCGCGAAUAGGGAUGGAGGGCGCGCGCGCGCCUGCAUGAGGAGGUAAAGCGGGAAGAGAGUUGGGACCAAAGAGCUGCUUUUUUCACACUUGGAGGAGACAAACUUCAGCGUCGUCCUCGACUGAUGGGAGCUGAAGAAACAAGAGGAGGCGAUAUGGAACAUGGAUAUAUUCACAGGGACACAUGUUAGAACGCGACGGAUGAAGGGCCACCAGAAUAACAGUAAAACUGCUGGAAGGGUCAACGCCAACAUUCCUUGCACCUGCAUCUGGAAUUGAACAUUUCCUGACCUAAGACCAUUAAAAUGGAGUUGCUAUGGAAACUUGUAGUGCUGCUGUCAUUGGUGCUGCAUCUGACAGGAAGUGGAGUCGCCACAAAACUCAUCUUCACCAAACAGCCAGGCAGUGUGGUGUUCCCCAUUCAACCUGGGGAGAGUCGCAAGGAGGUUGUGUUCAGCUGUGAGGCCGAAGGACAACCGGCACUCGUCUACAGGUGGAAGCUGAACGACUCGUUCUUACAUCCCAGCCCAGCAUCACGCUUCUCCCUUGUGAGUGGAAAUUUACACAUCCGCCAUCUAAAUAAAGAGGAAGAUACUGGUGUGUAUCAGUGCCUGGCAUCAGACUCGUUUGGCACCAUUGUCAGCAGAGAAGCCAAUCUCCACGUUGCAUACUUGGAGAAUUUCAAGACCCAGAGAAGAAGUCCGGUGAGGGUCCGUGAAGGUCAAGGAGUGGUUUUGCUUUGUGGCCCGCCCCCUCACUCUGGAGAGCUCACCUUCACAUGGAUCUUCAACGAAGACUCCUCAUCUAUCGUCCAGGACACACGGCUGUUUGUGUCCCAGAAAACUGGUAACCUCUACAUCGCAAAAGUGGAACCCUCGGAUGUGGGCAACUAUACAUGUGUUGUCACCAACACAGUCACCAAGAGCAGUGUUCGAGGACCACCAACGCCUUUAGUUCUGCGCGCUGAUGGUGUGAUGGGCGAAUACGAGCCAAAGAUUGAAGUGCAGUUUCCUGAAGUCAUCCAUGUUGCUAACAGCUCAACCGUCAAACUGGAGUGUUUUGCACUUGGAAACCCAGUACCAACAAUCAGCUGGAGAAGAGUGGACGAUGCCCCCUUUGGCAGGAAAGUGAAAGUAAACGAGGCCUUUGGAGUUUUAGAGAUCCCUUAUUUCCAACAAGAGAAUGCAGGAAUCUAUGAAUGCCUGGCUGAAAACAGCAGAGGAAGAAACUCUGUGCGAGGAAAACUUACUUUUUAUGCCUCACCGCAGCUGACUGUUAAACCCCAAGACGUCCAGAAGACCAUCGAUGAAGCUCUGGUGUGGGAGUGCAAAGCCAGCGGUAAACCCAAACCCUCCUAUCGCUGGCUGAAGAACGGAGAGUCUCUGGAUCCUAUGGAAGACAGAAUUCAGGUAAAUGACGGAGUCCUGACGAUAAAAAGUCUAAAUCAGGCCGAUGUCGGAAUGUACCAGUGCGUGGCAGAGAACAAGUAUGGCCGAAUCUUCUGCAACGCUCAGCUCAGAGUCCUCGCUAUUGCUCCAGACUUCUCCCAGAGCUUGGUAAAGGCCCAAACUUUGGCCCGACAGGGUGGUGACGUUCUAAUCGAAUGUAAACCCAGGAUGUCUCCUCGUGGCGUGAUCUCAUGGAGGAAAGGGGAGGAAGCCAUUCGAGAGAACCACAGAGUUACGGUGUUGGAUAACGGGAGCCUACGUUUAUCGAAUGUUACUAAAGCGGAUGCUGGACUCUACACAUGUGUGGCCAGAAACCAGUUUGGAGUGGCGAGCAGUGCUGGCAGUCUUUCAGUAAAAGAUGCAACUGUGAUCACCAGCCCAGCAGGUCACCUGGAUGUGACUCUGGGGGAGAGCAUUGUUCUGCCUUGCCAGGUUUCACACGACCCAACGUUGGACCUAAAGUUCACCUGGUUCUUCAACGAGCAGCUCAUCCAUUUUGGAGGUCGCGGGGCAUAUUUUGAAAAAGCUGGUGGGAGGUCAGAUGGUGGCAUUAUGAUCCGGAACAUUCAGCUGAAGCAUGCUGGGAAAUACACCUGUGCUGUUCAGACCAAAGUAGACAGCAUCUCCAUCGCUACUGAUGUGGUUGUUAGAGGUCCUCCUGGGCCACCUGUGGACUGCCAAGUGGUUGACAUGACAGAGACAACAGCCACUCUGUCUUGGAGACCCGGGACAGACAACCACAGUCCAGUCCGCAGCUAUACCAUCCAAGCCAGAACUCCCUUUUCUCUUGGAUGGCAAGCUGUCACCACCGUUCCUGAACUGCCAAAGGGGAAGAAACUGUCUGCCUCUGUCUUUGAGUUGAGUCCAUGGGUGGAGUACGAGUUCAGAGUUUUAGCGACUAACAGCAUCGGAACAGGAGAACCCAGCAAACCGUCCAAAAAGGCCCGCACUAAGGAAACGGCUCCCAGGGUGACUCCAGGGAGGGUGAAUGGUGGCGGUGGAGGACGUUCGGAACUGGUAAUCACCUGGGAGCCUGUCCCCGAGGAGCUGCAGAGCGGGCCCGGCUUUGGAUAUGUUGUGGCUUUCCGCCCUCUGGGGGCGCCGGGCUGGAUGCAGGCGGCAGUCACCUCCCCAGACGCUUCCAAAUAUGUUUUCAAGAACGAGAGCAUCCCUCCUUUCUCUCCGUACCAAGUCAAAGUGGGGGUUUACAACAACAAAGGGGAGGGGCCUUUCAGUCCGGUGACCAUCAUCUACUCUGCAGAGGAAGAGCCCAGCAGAGCUCCCACCAGGCUCAGAGUGAGGAGUAUUUCUGCCUCUGAGAUAGACGUCAGCUGGAAACCUUUACCAUGGAGCAACAACCGCAGACGCAUCCUCGGCUAUGAGCUGUGGUACUGGAGAGAAAAAGAGAAGCAGGAUGCAGCCACUGUGAUCAGGACGGUGGGGAAUAAAACCUCAGUAGUCAUCAGGGAUCUGGAGGGCAGCAGGACCUACUACAUAUCCCUGAGGGCCUAUAACAGUGCAGGAGUGGGUCCACAGAGCAGCAUAGUCAAUGUCACAACCAAGAAACCACCACCUAGUCAAGCCCCAGUCAAGAUCAGGUGGAACACUUCCAACUCCAAGGUCAUCCUCCGCUGGGACCAAGUCCACGCCCUGGAGAACGAGUCAGAAGUGACAGGAUAUAAGGUGUUGUACAGCCAAGACAAACACAGCCGUCCCAGUGUGGUCGAGACCAAGAACACCACCUUGGAGUUAUCGCUGCCCGUCAACGAAGACUAUGUGAUUCAGAUUAAACCUUUCAGCGAGGGAGGGGAGGGCAUCAGCAGUCACCAGAUUACCAUCCCUAGGAGCUUCGCCGUCAUGGGAGCAGCUCAGGAGCUCUUGGCUUUUCCUCUCGUCAUCUUUGCAGCCCUAAUCUUCACAGCCACAGCAACUCUAUGACAAACAUCCCGGGCUUCCAGCUGCUUGUUCAGAGGAAAAAACAGCGGGUCAAAGACAGCACCACGGCUCCACCUGCUCCCUUUCUUACCCCACUGUGUCUUUCCUCUUCUCUUUACAAAGGCGAUUUUGUGAGGAAGAUUCUCCUCCUCCUCCUCUUCCUCCUGUAUGAAGCUGUUACUAAAAGAACUGGCUUCUUCAGAAGAUGCUUUUAUGGAACUGAAAGGACACCGUGACUUGACUCACUGCUGUGUCUUUGAAGAGGGUUUUAUCUCAUCUCCAUUCAAACCAGCAGAAACUCUUAUGCUUUUCACGUUGAAGGAUGUAAAUUAUGUUUUCUCAACUGGACCGUGCAGGUUUUGUUAAAAGCAGAUGUACUCUGUGUACUGAACUUUUGGACUGAUUUCAAUCAACAAAUCAAAAAAAACUAUAAGAAAAUCAAAUGAAGGCCUGUUAUUGUAAAAGAGUGUCUGUCUGAGAAAGACAACCAACUGUUAUUUAUAAGAAAAAAGAGGAAAAUGCUUUAACUUUUGCCUGGAUUUGAUUUCCUCUCUGAUGUUUUGCAUUAUUUGUCUCCAUGAAACUGACCUGGUUCAAAGCUGUGGGGUCAACAACGUUCCGCAACACCUUUUAUAUCAUAAGUCAGAAACUUUCCAACACUUUCCGUAUGGCUUUCAUUGUAAACGGCUGACCGGUGUCAUAGUUAAUGUUUUACUUUAAUUCCAUCAUCUUAGAACAGUAACAAUGUAUGUAUAAAAUCCUCAGGACCCAAAAUGAGCCUUAAGUCUUAUGAUUAUAGUCCACAUUUUUAACUGGAGAGAUUUUAUACAUUUACUUUUUUUGUUUCCAUGUUCCUCUGUUUUUUUGUUUUUUUUGUUAAGUUAUUCCCAUAUAUUUUCCAUAGGCUUUAAAAAAAUAAGUCAAGCAUUUCUCUUUGUCUGUCCUGAUGGGAAUGAUUCUAAAUGACAGUGACCUCUGACUUUUCCAACAGUUUAACUGCUGGAUGCUGAUUAACAUGAUGUAUCGGUCAGUAUUUGCACUUCUCUGACAUUGGUUGAGUUGGAUGAGCUCGAUUUAAUAAAGAUAAUGGUGUUUUCCUAAA